AUGUUCCUGGGCAUGAGCAUUAUAGCGGAUCGAUUCAUGUCUUCUAUAGAGGUCAUAACCUCCCAGGAGAAGGAGAUCACCAUAAAAAAGCCAAACGGUGAGACCACAACGGCCACGGUCAGAAUCUGGAACGAGACCGUCUCUAAUCUCACUCUAAUGGCCUUGGGUUCCAGUGCCCCCGAGAUACUGCUGUCUGUUAUUGAGGUGUGCGGUCACGGUUUCGAGGCCGGCUCUCUGGGCCCCAGCACCAUCGUGGGCAGCGCCGCCUUCAACAUGUUCGUCAUCAUCGCCCUGUGCGUGUACGUGGUUCCCGACGGAGAGACGCGCAAAAUCAAACACCUUCGGGUGUUUUUCGUCACGGCGGCCUGGAGCAUCUUCGCCUACAUUUGGCUCUACCUGAUCCUGAGUGUGUUUUCGCCUGGAGAGGUGGAGGUUUGGGAGGCGGUGCUGACCUUCCUCUGCUUCCCGCUCUGCGUGGUCCAGGCCUGGGUAGCCGACCGCCGCCUCCUCUUCUACAAGUACGUCCGCAAGCGUUACCGCGCCGACAAGAACCGCGGCAUCAUCAUCGAGACGGAGGGAGGAGCCGACGGAGGGCUCGGAGGCAUGGACGGAGGAGGCGGGGGCGGAGCGCUGGGUCCGGGAGGCUUCACCAAGAUGGACAUGCUGGAGCUGGACGGGCAGAUAGCGCUGAACUGUCACAGCGGGCUGGACGGAGGGAUGAUGGAGGAAGGAGCCAAGGAUGAGGAGGACGAGGCCAGGAGGGACAUGGCGAGGACGCUGAAGGAGCUGAAGCAGAGGCACCCCGAUAAAGACAUGGAGCAGCUGAUUGAGAUGGCUAAUUACCAGGUCCUGAUGCAGCAGCAGAAGAGCCGAGCGUUCUACCGCAUCCAGGCCACCAGGAUGAUGAUCGGCGCCGGGAACAUCCUGAAGAAGCACGCCGCCGACCAGGCUCGCAAGGUGGUGAGCAGCCAUGAGACCCAGGCCCAGGAGGACGACCCCCACACCAUCAGGAUGGAUUUCGAGCCCUCUUUGUACCAGUGCUUCGAAAACUGCGGCUCCCUGAAGCUGACCGUCGGCAGACACGGAGGAGACGCCGGAGUCACCGUCAAGGUGGAUUAUCGUACAGAGGACGGUACAGCCAACGCAGGUUCAGAUUAUGAGUUUGCAGAGGGGACGCUGCUCUUCAAGCCGGGGGAGACCCUCAAAGAGAUCACAGUGGGCGUGAUUGAUGACGACAUCUUCGAGGAGGACGAGUACUUCUACGUCCACCUCAGCAACCCUCGCGUGGUCGGAUACCCCGAGAUCGGCACCGCCCCUCUGGACGCCAGCGCCACGCCGAAAGCGGUGCUGGGUGAUAAUCACACGGCCACGGUGACCAUCUACGAUGACGAUCACGCAGGCAUCUUUACCUUUGAGAGCGCCAGCCAGCGGGUGAGCGAGAGCGUCGGCGUCAUGGAGGUGAAGGUGUUGAGGACGUCGGGGGCUCGAGGCCUGGUGGCCAUUCCCUACCGAACCCUGGACGCCACCGCCAAAGGAGGGGAGGACUACGAGCUGGCUGCCGGCAAGCUGGAGUUUCAGAACGACGAGACCAUGUGAGUACGAUACCUUGAGAAUGUCGCGACAACACCUUUGUGGAUGCUCGUUCUGUGUUUCACUUCCAUUUGA